GGGGUGGGUCUGGCUUCCCGACCUCCGUUACUAGGCAACCGGGAUGCUGCGGCUAGACGCGGCAGAGCUGAAUGCUUGGAGCAAGGCAGUUGGUAGAGAGAUCUCAAGCGACAGAAAUGAGCCCCGGCUACCUUCCAGCGCUUCGCCAAAAGCUGUGCUCGGGUCUGUUCCAGAAAAGCACCUCGCGGAAGAAGAUGACGUUGACUCCAUUCUCCUCUCAGCAUCCAAGAUCCUGAAUUCCUCUGAGGGGGUAAAGGAAAGCGGGGGCAGUGAACCAGAAUAUGGCUGCGCAUCAGAACCAGAAAAUCAAAUCCAACCACAGUCGGCACUGAAAGUCCUGCAACAUCAGCUGGAGUCGUUUCAGGCUCUACGGAUGCAGACUCUGCAGAACGUCAGCAUGGUACAGUCUGAAAUCAGUGAAAUAUUGAACAAAAGUAUUGUUGAAGUAGAAACCCCACAAUUUAACUCAGAAAAAAGUCUAGUAUUCAGCAUGCAUCCUGAAAAGGAUUUGCCUAAUGAGACACAAGAAGAAAUACUUUCUACCAAGAAAAGUAAUCCUUUUGAGGACCCCAAGACGCUCCAUUCAAUGGGAGAGAACUUCAGUAGUAGCAAUGGCACUGGUCUCGCUCAGGGCACAAAUAUUCCACCCCAGACACAGGUCAAGGACAUGUUAGCUCUGCAGAGCCCGAGAACAACAGCAGAUAACUCACCUCCCAGCAAAGCUAUGAACCCUUCAGAGCAGCCCAAUGCCACAAAGAGUUACAGUCUCUAUCAGUUUCUACCUCAGGUUCCUCAAACAGUGGCAGUGCCUCAAGCUGCUCCGGUGAUUCUGGAUAAAGCCACCAUCACCAUCCCUUUCCUGAAGCAUGAGUUCUGUGAAAACUUAGAUGAGAUUUGCCACUCUAUUAAGCAUAUGAAAGAAGAACUUCAGAAGUCAAAUGACAAGGAACUGGCACUUACAAAUGAACUUCACACUUUCCAGGCAGAUGCGACUACUCAAAGUCACCAUAAACGUGAGCUGUUUCCCAUCCGCAGCUCAACACUUAAUUUUAUCCGGCAAGAAAACAUGGAAGGUAACUUAAACGAAGACAUCAAAUCAAAGAGAAUUUCUGAAUUAGAGGCGUUAGUGAGCAAACUGCUCCCACUCAGGGACACGGUGUCAAAACUGCAUGUGAACUUCUGUAGGAAAUGUAAAAAAUUAUCUAAAAGUGAAAUAUACCGAGGGAAAAAGAAUGAGAAAAAUAAAGACAUCCCUAUCACCAGCAAGAAUAUUAUGGAUUUAAAAUUCCACUCCCGAGCUCCAAGGCACACUCUGUCAGUUCUGGACCCAGGGAAACCCAAAAUAAAGGACAAAGAAUGCCAAGCAUUCCUAGUCACCCAAGGAGCCAUACCACUUGAAAGCGAGAAGACACCCAAAGGCAAGUGCGUCCCUGAGCAGUGCGUUGCCAAAAUUCAUUACCUCCAGAAUUACCUAAAAGAAUCCUUACAGAAUCAGAAAAAGAUGACAGAACUGGAGAAUGAAAACCUAGCCCUCAAGACCAAAUUGAAGUCCCUCAUGUUCACCACACAAUCCCUGAUCCAGAAGGUGGAAGCCCACGAAAAGCACCUGAAGUCACUGGCUGAGGAAAAGAGCAUCCUUCAGUCCAAGUUAAGCAAAGCAGAGGAUGAGAACAAAGACUGCCUCAGGGAACUUAAGAAAAUCGUCAGCACUUAUAAUGUCCUCCAAGGCCAACACAAAAUGCUAGAGGAGAAAAAUAGUCAACUCUCUUUGGAGAAGCAACAGAUGCUCGAAACAAUAGACCAUCUGAAGGGCAAGGAGCACAAGACCCAGAAUGACAUGGGGGUUCUCCAAAAUGAAAACAAUAGAAUGAAUAUAGAAAUAGAAACGAUGAAAACAAGCAUGCUGUUGAUACAAGACGAAAGGGAAAUGCUCGAGAAAGACACAUACCAACUCCUGAAGGACAAGGGCAUGCUUGAGAGCGACCUGAAAGAGAGCAAGCUGGAGAUCCUGCAGCUAAAAGAGAAGGAGAGAGUGGCCAAAGCUGAGCAGGAGUCACUUCUUCACAUACUAGACACGGCUAAAGCAGAGAAGCUGAGUCUGGAGGCAACACUACAAGAAUCCGCUUCCGCCAGACAGAUGUUGGAAAGAGAGCUCAUGGACAUUCAAACCUACCAGUCUGCCUCGGAGGAGAAGUUCCUGAAAGAAAUCAAAAGUGCAAAGUCAGAGACAAGCAUUUACAAAAACAACUUGGCAGAAAUCAGCAAGGAAUGUGAGGUGUUGUCCAAAAUGGUCAUGGAGAUUAAGGCGGAUAACCAGAUUCUGAAAGAAGAGCUAAAGAAACAUAGUCAAGAAAACACCAAGUUUGAAAAUAGCAUCAGUCGGCUCACCGAAGACAAGAUACUUUUGGAAAACUAUGUGAGAAGCAUAGAAAAUGAGAGGGAUACCUUGGAAUUUGAGAUGCGGAAUCUUCAGCGAGACUACAUGAGUUUAAGUGAUAAAGUCUCCAGUCAGAACAACAGCACAUCAAAAUCGACUUUUAUUUCAAGAAGAGAAAAAUUCUACUUUGACAACUAUGAUGCCUAUGAGGAUGCUUCCAGUGUUAGGAAUAAGCCUUUGGCUUCUGACUUGAAAGGAAGACCACAUAAACUGUAUCAAUGGCUUCCAUCCAAGACUUGUAAAUAAAUUUCAAAAGAAA